AUGAUUGGCAUUGUUUGACCAGUUUGACGAGUCUGGGCUUUUAAAUAUCCUCGCCAUAUAUUUGGACAAUGCUGAGAGAAAAUCCCUAGUGUAAGCUCUCCGUGUUUUUGAAAUUGGAGAUUUCGCAAGAAUUGACACAAUCGAGGAAGGUUUAUCACAUCCAUUGAUAAUAACGGAAUGGAAAAGGCUUGUCCGAACUGGAGGAAGAAAGUUUACAAUAUCCUGUACACAUGUCUUCACAACAAAGUGAUUUUAGCCGUGGGUAUGAGCUUUCUGAUGACGUCAUUUCUUUAUGUUUACUCUGCAAAGCUUCCAGUGCAAUACCAUAUAACCUACAAAGGAUCUCAACCAUAUGUGUUCGUGUUCGAACAGAAAUACUCGGUGAACAGGACAGAAAAACGCAUACUGUUGUGGACGAAAUUUCAUUUUGACUAUAACUGGGUCAAACAUGUAAGAGAAAUUCUGAACACUUCGUGUGAUUUCAAGUGUUCCGUCACAACUGAUAGAGCAGCCAUUAAAGAUGUCGAUGCUGUUGUUUUCCAUCUUCUGGACAUGUAUGUGUGGGAAACUCCCCCGACCUAUCGAGCCCCUCACCAAGUGUGGGUCGUUUAUUCUGCCGAACCACCUCCCCAUUUACACUAUACCGGAAGAAGCUUUAUAUACUCCAGAUAUGCUUUCAACUGGACCUUAUCUUUCCGGAAAGAUGCAACAGUUUUUGCUCCGUAUGGCCAUGCGGCUCCAUUGAAUAGAAAUGCUGCCGAGAAAAAUAAAAAAGCACUUGCCAAUAAGAAUUAUGCUCAAGGCAAAACUAAAAUGUCUUAUGCAAUGAUAAGUAAUUGCGUUGAUGACGCAGGAAGAUUUAGUUUUGUUACAAAAUUAAAGCAAUACACACCCAUAGACAUGUACGGGAGAUGUGGAAACCUCACGUGUCCUAGAAACAGUACUUGUUCUGAAAUGUUAAAACCUUAUAAGUUUACAAUCACAUUUGAAAACAGCAAUUGCAAGGGAUAUAUUUCCGAGAAAUUUUGGAACACUCUAUCCUGGGAAAACAUUCCCAUUGUCAACUGGAUCCCUGAACAGGUCCCUGACGAUGCUCCGCCAAAAUCCUAUAUCAAUGUAUACGAUUUUAAAAGCAUGCAUGAUUUAGCAAACUAUCUGGAUUAUCUUGAUAAAAAUGACACAGCGUAUAAUAGUUAUUUCGACUGGCACAAGACACAUUAUAUCGUCCAUGGCGGUACCAUGUGGAAUCAGUUCUGUUAUUUAUGUAAAGCUUUACACAACGACUCAAUUCCUGCACAAGUUGUUGAUUAUCAAAGUUGGUGGUCAGACGACACUUGUCGCGAAUGGACGAUCACCAGCGUGAUAACUCGAAGAAUAAAGAAUUAUUUCAUGUGACAAUUUACACGACCGUCCAGAGUGUCUACUUGUGUUCAAGCCCAAUACCUUAGGCUAUAUCAAUCCUACUGUAUUUAAUUUCA